AUGGCCAGGGCCCAGUCCGUAGCCGUCCUGGAGUCCCUGUCCCGGAGCCCCUGUCCUGGAGCCCCCGUCCCGGAGUCCCCGUCCUGGAGCCCCCGUCCCGGAGUCCCCGUCCCGGAGUCCCCGUCCUGGAGUCCCCGUCCUGGAGUCCCCGUCCCGGAGCCCCCGUCCUGGAGCCCCCGUCCUGGAGCCCCCAUCCUGGAGUCCCGUCCUGGAGGCCUGUCCUGGAGCCCCCAUCCUGGAGUCCCCGUCCUGGAGGCCCCAUCCUGGAGUCCCCGUCCUGGAGUCCCCGUCCUGGAGUCCCGUCCUGGAGUCCCCGUCCUGGAGCCCCCAUCUUGGAGUCCUGUCCCGGAGUCCCCGUCCUGGAGCCCCCAUCCUGGAGGCCCGUCCUGGAGCCCCCGUCCUGGAGUCCCGUCCUGGAGUCCCGUCCUGGAGCCCCCAUCCUGGAGCCCCCGUCCUGGAGUCCCGUCCUGGAGCCCCCGUCCUGGAGUCCCGUCCUGGAGUCCCGUCCUGGAGCCCCCAUCCUGGAGCCCCCGUCCUGGAGUCCCGUCCUGGAGCCCCCGUCCUGGAGUCCCGUCCUGGAACCCCUAUCUUGGAGUCCCCAUCCUGGAGUCCCCAUCCUGGAGUCCCGUCCUGGAGUCCCGUCCUGGAGCCCCCAUCCUGGAGUCCCGUCCUGGAGCCCCCGUCCUGGAGUCCUAUACUGGAGUCCUGUCCUGGAGCCCCCAUCCUGGAGUCCCGUCCUGGAGCCCCCAUCCUGGAAUCCUAUACUGGAGUCCCGUCCUGGAGCCCCCAUCCUGGAGCCCCUGUCCUGGAGCCCCCAUCCUGGAGUCCCCGUCCUGGAGUCCCGUCCUGGAGGCCCCGUCCUGGAACCUCCGUCCUGGAGCCCCUGUCCUGGAGCCCCUGUCCUGGAGCCCCCAUCCUGGAGCCCCCGUCCUGGAGCCCCCAUCCUGGAGCCCCCGUCCUGGAGUCCCCGUCCUGGAGCCCCAUCCUGGAGUCCCCGUCCUGGAGGCCUGUCCUGGAGCCCCCAUCCUGGAGUCCUAUACUGGAGUCCCGUCCUGGAGUCCCCAUCCUGGAGCCCCCGUCCUGGAGUCCCCGUCCCGGAGUCCCCGUCCUGGAGCCCCCGUCCUGGAGCCCCCAUCCUGGAGUCCCGUCCUGGAGGCCUGUCCUGGAGCCCCCAUCCUGGAGUCCUAUACUGGAGUCCCGUCCUGGAGCCCCCAUCCUGGAGUCCUAUACUGGAGCCCCUGUCCUGGAGCCCCCAUCCUGGAGCCCCUGUCCUGGAGCCCCCAUCCUGGAGUCCCCGUCCUGGAGUCCCGUCCUGGAGGCCCCAUCCUGGAGCCCCCGUCCUGGAGCCCCCGUCCUGGAGUCCCCGUCCUGGAGCCCCGUCCUGGAGUCCCCGUCCUGGAGGCCUGUCCUGGAGCCCCCAUCCUGGAGUCCUAUACUGGAGUCCCGUCCUGGAGGCCUGUCCUGGAGCCCCCGUCCUGGAGCCCCCAUCCUGGAGUCCCUGUCCCGGAGCCCCCGUCCUGGAGCCCCGUCCUGGAGCCCCCGUCCUGGAGCCCCCGUCCUGGAGUCCCCGUCCUGGAGUCCGCAGCGGACGCCUAG